CACUGCCAACCAACAUUACAUUUAACAACCUCUUCUGAAUUUUAAACCAUUCGCCCAGCACUGGCACUUUGAAUAUCAAUUUCAUACUCUUUGCAGCAGUGCGUUUUUUCCCCAGGUAUGUUUCAAUAAAUUCCUUUCGCUAUUUAAAUCAAGGCCUCAGAUCUGUUUACAAAGAGUCCUUCGUUGUUUCCCCCACCAUGUGCGGACUUGGUAUCUUUAAACCAUACUGACAUGUCAUCGGCAGUCGCAGGUUUGACUUGUUAUAUCAUAAGAUUCAUUCACUUCUUCCGCUUUUCUCUAGUCCCGGAAAUUAAUUACGAAGAUCCGUCAAUCUAUCAACCGCAACCAACGACCACGCGAUAACCUCCUAAAUAUUCUCAACCAGGAACCCUAAAAUUAACAAGUUCAACGCCCUACCUUCUUGAAGCUCGGAAUUUACCUCGUAACGACUUGUAAAAACUUUUAUCAUGGCGGACGGCCCAGAUAAGACUGAGGAGCUCUACCCCAUAGCUGUUCUCAUCGAUGAAUUAAAGGUAGUGAAUCAAGGCGCAUCCCCAUCGAAGGACAAGGCUCUGUUGCGCAGGUACUGAUCGCUCACUAGCAUGAUGAUGUACUCUUAAGAUUGAAUGCCAUUCAUCGACUUUCGACGAUUGCCCUUGCGCUAGGAGCAGAUCGCACAAGAGACGAAUUGAUUCCCUUUUUAGAUGGUAUGCUGGGCGAUAUCGAACUACACUUUGAUACACUGGUUGAUGAUUUUCUGCAGAAUCCGUCGAAGAUGAGGACGAAGUUCUUACUGCUUUGAGCGAAGAACUCGGAAAUUUUGUAGAAUACGUUGGCGGUCCAGAGUAUGGCCACGUUCUUCUGUCACCUCUCGAGAACCUAGCGGCUAUCGAGGAGCCUUUGGUGCGAGAGAAGGUGAGUUGAUAGCGUUGGACUGAAGUUAUAGCCGUGCUGAUUGAAGUAGGCUGUAGAAUCUUUAAACAAGAUAUGCGAGGAGCUAUCUUCACAACAAGUCGAAGAGUACUUCAUCCCCCUCACGAUUCGACUCUCAAAGGCCGACUGGUUCACCUCAAAGAUCUCUGCCACAGGAUUAUAUAAUGUACCGUACAAGAAGGCGUCACCUCCGAUGCAAGAGCAGCUCAGGCAGCAAUUUGGCCUUUUGGUCCAUGACGAAACCCCUAUGGUCCGAAGACAGUCUGCGAAUAACUUGUCAAAAUUUGUGAAGGAAAUGCCUGCUACAAUAGUUGUGGAAGAAAUGAUACCCUUGUUUCAACACCUUGCCGGUGACGACCAAGAUAGCGUACGUUUGUUGACAGUAGAGAUAUUGAUUGCCAUUGCGGAGGUUGUACCGAAGGAGCAACAAUCUAGUCAUGGAGUUCUACUUACAGCCUUGAGGAGUUUAAUCGAAGAUAAAAGUUGGAGAGUGAGAUACAUGGUGGCUGAUAGAUUUGAGAAGGUUAGUUUUACUUGAAAUUUGCGAUAUAAUGGUAAAUUCUAAUAAUUUCUAGAUUGCAAAAGCAGUAGAUGAUGAGGUUGUAACAAGAGAUCUUGUACCCGCAUUCGUAAAGUUAUUGAAAGACAGCGAAGCAGAAGUACGAACGGCAAUUGCUGGUCAAAUUCCUGGUAUGUCUGAUCAUUUCUGUUUCUCUGAAGAGUUUCACUUAAAAAAAAAAGGUUUCUGCAAGCUCGUCGACCGCACCACCCUCUUAAAUGAUAUCAUGUCCACUGUCGAAGAUUUGGUUUCUGAUACAUCCCAACAUGUUCGGGCUUCUCUUGGAACACAAAUCAGUGGCCUUGCCCCAAUUCUCGGCAAGCAAGAGUACGUUUUUCACACCCUCACUUUAUGAUCUUUAUACUUACAAGUUGUGAUAAGGACUAUCGAUCACCUGCUUCCGAUGUUUUUACAAAUGCUCAAGGAUGAGUACCCAGAUGUUCGAUUACAUAUAAUCUCCAAAUUGGAGUUAGUGAAUCAAGUUAUCGGCAUUGAUCUCCUCUCACAAUCCCUUCUCCCUGCUAUUGUACAGCUUGCUGAAGAUAAGCAAUGGCGUGUUCGAUUGGCAAUCAUUGAGUACAUUCCUCUUCUGGCCAGUCAACUCGGAGUUCAAUUCUUUGACGAGAAGUUGGCUGCUCUCUGCAUGGGCUGGUUAGGAGAUACAGUCUUCUCUAUCCGUGACGCAGCAACAAAGAACUUGAAAAAGCUCACCGAAGUCUUUGGUGUAGACUGGGCAAAUGAAGCGAUCAUUCCAAAGGUUAUGGCUAUGGGAGCGCAUCCAAAUUACCUUUACAGAAUGACCACAUGCUUUGCAAUCACAGUAAGUUUUGGACUUUGUCCCUGCGAAACAAGUGCUAACCCUGGUCACAGACACUUGCACAAGUCGUCAGUCUCGACGUUGUCCAAAAUUCCAUUCUACCCAUGAUGGACAAAUUGGUAGCCGACGAGAUUCCAAACAUCCGUUUCAAUGUUGCCAAAUCAUAUUCUGAGAUCAUCUCGGUCCUCAAGAGGCUCCCAGACAACGGCACCGUAUAUUCAUUAGAGAAGUCUGGUAGCUCGGAACCGCCUUCGGCUAGAGGCCAGCAACUGAUUCAAGAAAGGAUUUUACCAAAUCUGGAAAAGUUGCAAAAGGAUGAUGAUGUCGACGUUCGGUUCUUUGCUACCACGGCUGCAGCUUCAAUUUCUGGUGAGCCAAUGGAAACUUCAUAGACUUGUCGCACAUGGGGAGAAAAACGUACUUUUCUUGAGCCAGUAGCCUGAGCAUGGUGACCUUGCUGUUUUCCUGUUAUUCUAGAUCGGAGCAUGAAAUCCAGCAUUGUCCCUUCUAAUACGUUUUUCAUAAAGCGACCUGAUAUGCAGAUGGUAGGCGACAAAACCGUAGACCAAAAAAUUAAACGAGAACGAUAUAUCGAAUACUG